AUGUUCGUCAACCGCAAGAAGGCCUUCAUGAGCCGAAUGUUUGACAACUCCGUCGAGAUAAAUCUACCAGGCCCGCCUAGCCGACGAAAGCAUGCCUGUGAAAUGCCUAGAAAGAUGAUGGUGACUUACGGGUGUACAUGGAUUUCCGUGGGCAACCUCACCAAGCUCGCGAAACGAUAUCGUCAAAUGCAUAUAUCCUUCGCGCAACCCGACACAGCCAAUGACCUGAAUCCGCAGGAGCUUCGCGAUGUCUAUGUUGUUGCCAGGCCAGACAGAUGGUCGCACGCCUUCACUGACCCGGGCUCCCCUUGUUACUGGUCUCUUUACUGCGAUGGUCAUUACUAUCACAUCGAAAAGGGUGAUAAAUCGGUUCGCAUUACUCUUGGAGAUGACGACUACUCGGAGCAAAGUCAAAAGAAAUUCAUUCCAGGUGGCCCUCAAAUACCCCCUUUUAUUGCCUAUCAUUUUGGAAAGACGGAUUACUCCCCGCAGCAGAUUCAUGGCGUUGCUGUAUGGGUAAUUGAUCAAAUGGUUCAAGAUGAUCUAUCUGAGACGAACUAUGGGCACUUCGUGUCCGGACUCGCAGUUCGCAUUAUAUGCGCUCCGAGAAACAGCACAGUUCUCAUGGGCAAUAUGAUGCAGAUCUGGGCGCAAGACCAGUUCCUCAGAGCUGCCGGGCCUGAUUCUGUCGUUCCUAAUGGGUUUUAUACUGGAAGCCGCCUUGUCGGUCCUACCGAGAAGAUCGAUACUUUCUGUGCGAGAAAGUCACUCAGGCACAAGGUCGAGAUAGAUGCACGGCAGCUUGCUGUCUGUUGGUUUGAUGGGUUGCAGGGAUUUAUUCCCUCGGAUAUCCCGGAGACCCAUCGCUUCAUUAGAGGUUGGAAGGUGGCAACGCAAAGCAAUAUCACGAAGACCGUGGAGUCUACUUUGGAGUUGGAGAAAAGAACUCUCCGACGGUCUUCGAACAUCAACGAGCAGCCAUGUAUGGCGGUUAUAAUCGGUCUUCGUGACAGUUUGUGCAACGAUAAUCCCCAAUUUACUUUGGAAUGGCUAUUUCUAACCGGAUUCUGGCUAGGUGCGAAGAUACCCAAAGACCUCGAGACUGUACACUGCUUCUCGAGCCUUUACUACAUCCGCUCGAAGAGAAGCAUGACUGAAGAAGAGUUCUUGGAGCAGAUGAAAUUCAUCUAUGGUGAUGAUGCCACAGUAGCUGCCUUAAACGCAGGAUUUCAGAAUGAAGUGAAGCGGUAUUUGCGAAAGCCGCAAGACGCCAAUUCGUUUUCUGGGGAGACCCAGAGAUCAACAGACAAAGCAAGGGAGAUUCAAAGAUGGGACACCCUGUGCCCUUAUGAGAAUGACCUAGACAGAUGUGCAAAAGGAUAUGGGUAUCAGAUCCUCAUAGACACGGCCUUGGUCUUUCCGAGCGCACCUGCCCCACACCGGAGGGUGAAGGGUGAGCAGUGA